AUGCCAAGUGAUGAUACUUCUGAUGAUCUAAUUGAUAAUAAGGAGAAGGAGAAAGGUGAUACUUCUGAUGAUAAUGAUAAUAAGGAGAAGGAUGAUCAUUCUGAUGAUUAUGAUGACAAGGAGAAAGGUGAUACUUCUGAUGAUAAUGAUAAUAAGGAGAAGGGUGAUACUUCUGAUGGUAAUGAUAAUCAGGAGAAGAGUGAUUUUUCUGAUGAUAAUAGAGUGAUAAUGACGCAAAACCAAGGAGGCAAACAUUCCCAGAAUGUGCAAAGCCUUUCAGAAGAGAUUCAUCACCGAAACUGA